GUAAGUGGCGCACAAAAUGGCCGGUCUCGUCGUCCGACUGUGUGCUUCAUCGAACGCAAAAUAGAAUAUUCUGCGUAGAAUGUUCUUCGUCCGAGGAGACAUCGAACGCGGCCUUAGUUUAACGUUUAACGAUGCCAAUGUUUUACGUGCCCUUCGAAGCCGGACACGGCCUGUCCCACUCCUGACUUUGAAUGGCUGCGGCUGCUCCAACCAACCUCAGACCAUCCCCGUCAGGAGUCUCAAAUAUCGAGCGCCGGAGCGACUCAAACCCGGGCUCUCACUACCGGGAGUCCACUGCUUUACCAACUAAGCUACCGGACAGGAGGUUUGCCCAAAAAGGUCUGUAGUGAAGAAUCUUGAUCUGCAGCAUGGCUGAGCAGCCAGGACCAGGGCAGCAGCCGGGACCGGAGGGUCCGCAGCAGCCGGAGCCCGGCGCGGAGCAGCCGGCGCCGUCACUGCGCAGCUACUUCGGCUCGCCGAAGGCGGAUGAUGACGUGUUCAGCCGGCUCACGGGGCCCGGCUCGCGCUCGUCGGCCAUGAUGGCCAGCCAGGUGAACCUGGCCCAGGUGGCAGCACCGUCUGCCUCCGGCGGAGUGCAGGUGGCGCCACCGGGCCCGCCGCAGCUGAUCCAGGUGCCGGAGAUAGCGCCCAACGUGGAGGAGACCAUUGCGCACGAGAUGCAGGAGGCGUUGGAGUACGAGGAGCGCCGACCCCGGUUCAGUAUCGGUCCCGAGUCAGCCGAGGAGGUGGAGAGGGAGGUGGCAGAGGUGCUGCACCAGCUGCCAGCCACCGCCGGGGAGGGAGCUGCCUCGACACCGGAGACGCCAGAGCAGACAGUCCCCGAGUCGGCGGCGCCGUCAGCCGAGCAGACCGGGCUCCAUCUGGACCUGACACCAUCACAGACCGCCGCCACGCACCCGCAGCCCGACCCGGACUUUGAUGACGUCACACAACAGGUGGAGGAGGUCAGUCUGGCGGACGAGGCGCCGGCACCGGUCGAGCCCACCCGCUACCCGUCGGGAACUGCCAGCCUGGAGAUGGAUCUGCCGGCCACCCCGGACGACCCCAGCAUGAGCCCGGCCAUAGUGGACGACCUGACCGGGUCACUGCAGCUACACAGUGCCGAGACGGACCGCCAGCACGACGCCUGGAUCCCGUCCGAGCGCACCCAGGCCGUGCUGGACAGCAUGGCGCACAGUCUGCCGGGCACCUUCUACCCCAGCGUGGACAGUCUCACCCUGCCCGGCUGCAGCCUGCAGACAGACCUGACGGACCCGGUGCUGGAGCUGAUGGUGCAGUACAUGACGCCCACCGAGGCGCGUCAGAGGUCCGUACUGACGGCCGACAGCGUCACUCAGGACGACAGGGGCAUCCGGCAGCUCAUACAGGCGGGUUGUUACCGUUCGGCAGUGAACCUCACCGGCCGACUGCUGACCAACUACGGUCAGGGCUACGGGCGUGCCGGUCAGCUCAGUAAGCACACGGCCAACUCCGUCCAGCUGUGGUUCACGCGACUGGCGCUGCUGGUCCGUCUCCGUCAGUUCGCCGUGGCGGAGCGCGAGGCGCAGGCCUGGGGAGAUCUGGACACGGCCGACCUCUUCUUCCAGUACUACCCGGACCUGUACGGCGGCCGGCGUGGCUCGAUGGUCCCCUUCUCGUUCCGAGUACUGCUGGCGGAGCUGCCGCGCUACAUGGCCCACUACCAGACCAGCCUGGACCGGCUGUACCAGAUACACUCAGUGUGUCAGCAGAUAAUCUCUAACCUGGUGGCCGGCCGCUCCGAGGACGGCUCUCCGUCCGACCUCUCCGAGGCGGCCCGGCAGCAGUCGCUGACGCUGUGGAACUCUCGCCGUCUCAAGGUGCUCUUCUCCGUGGUCAACUGCUGCGUCGGAAUGAAGGACUACGACCAGGCGAUCGAGUGUCUGUCUCAGCUGAGCGCCGAGCUGCCGCGGCUGUCGGCCGGUCUGAGGUCAGCCGUCGGCCGCGUCUACCUCCAGCUGGGUAACAUGGCCGCCGCCCGCGCAGCGUUCGCAUCAGUCACAGCUCCCCCGGCAGAGGCGGCGCCGGCCGGCGAGUCGGGUCACUCGCUGCAGUGUCAGCAACUCAUCAAUGCCGCCCUGCUAGCCAUCGGCGAGAACGACUUCGCCGACGCUCAGUCUCAGUUUGAGCGGGCGCUGGAGCUGGAGCCGCAGAACGCGGCCGUCCUGACUAACGUGGCCGUGUGCCUGCUGUACCGCGGCCGGCUGGCGGCGGCCGUCACACUGCUAGAGGAGGCGGUGUUCGCGCGACCGGAGCUGCUCCAGGAGACGGUGCUGCUCAACCUCUGCACACUCUACGAGUUGCAGACCAGCAAGUGCAACCGCAAGAAGGUGGCGCUGCUGGCGCGCGUUGGUCAGAACAGGGGCGAUGGCUUCAAUGUCGGCUGUCUGAAACUGCAGUCGGCGGCGUGAGGGACGGCCUAGCGAGGGAAGCCGGCCGGUCGCGCACAGCCCGGUGGGGAACGAACCUGUAGUGUGACUGUGGGUGGGUGGCGGUGCAAGCACAGAUAUAUUGUCGGUAGGACGUGGCUGUUUGGGUUGGAAUGUUGUUUGAAUAAUGGAGCUGUUAGGAAGUUUUGUGUGGACUGUGGAUAUGAACGCUGAUGUCAUUUUGUGUGACGGUAAUGGGGGCGAACGGCGUAGCUGCAUUCCUCCAUCGCUCCGAAUGAUGAAACAAUGUGAUGUCAUUCAAAUCUACUAUUAUUUCGAAAACAUGUUCCUUUGUUACAUUGUUCCGUCAAUAGGCGGGCGGUGACCUAAGAGUAAAUAUCUCGUUUUGUGUAGUAAACGUGUACUAGGCCCGAGUUCUGUAUCUUGUUUUUGUUAUUUUUUUGUGAAUCCAAUAUAUGAACUUGGUGUGCUUUAUGUGUCCGUGAUAUGGUCACCCAAGUUGAACUUAAAAUAAAUAUGAUUAUCCAAGGA